GUCAUUAUUAAGCGCCUCUUGUUUAUGAACAGCCGUUUUUUGACAAUCAGGUUAGGUCAAAUAUUUCAACCGACAGAAAGACUAUUUGAGAAACAAAUUGCAUGACUGCAACGAAAGUUAUGCGGUUUAAAUACUCCGAUAGUGGGAGUUUGAUUAAAAACGAAAUGAGGAAAACCGUUCAAAAGAUAUGCCCCAUCCAUCCAUCCAUUUCCUACCGCUUAUUCCAGUCAAAUAACGCAGUUGCUUAAACGUGAGCAAACAUGGAGGAAGAGGAAGCACUUGGUGAGCAGCUGUACGGUCGCAUUUACCCCAAACACAGCGACGAUGCUGGUAAACUGACAGGUAUGCUGCUGGAACUUCCUGGUCAUGUUUUGAGUCAGAUACUGCAAGAUGAGACCAUGCUCAAUGCAGCUGUGGAAAAAGCAGUUGGCGCUUUGCAGUUGGACCAGAAGGAGCCCAGUUGCAGCGAAAUAAAGAGUAAAGAAGAAGAUGACCUUUCGGUGUCUUCAGACUCUUUGGGCGAGCAGCUUUUUGACCUUGUAAAUGUUUUCGACACUGGUUACUCACAGAAGAUCACAGGUAUGUUACUGGAGCAGCACAAGAAGGCUGUUUUAAACCUUCUCUCAGAUCCCAAACAGCUGGAAGAGCAGGUGAACAAAGCGCUCAGGACUUUAAAAGAACAGCAUGUGGAGGAGACAGACAUCAGUGACUCUUCAGACACUGAAGAUGCAGAGAGGUUCGGAGAAAAGCUCUUCUCACUGGUGGAGAAAUUAGACCAGUGUCAUGCACACGACAUUACCGGCAUGCUGCUGGAGAUGGACACAGGUGUUCUCCACCAGCUGCUAAGUGAGCGUACCAUGCUGGAGGCUGCUGUGCAGAAAGCACAAGCAGCUCUGGAGACAUAAGCAAGAAUACAAUCCAUAUUGGUGUUGUGAGAUGGACAACUGAACUUUGGACUGAAAACAAUGAGUAAAAGUUUAACCUUUUGACACACUGAGUAAUGUGUAUUUACGAUUUUGUUAUAACUUUGAACUUUACAAAAUGCUAAUUUGAUGACUUAAGUUACACUGAAAUUGUUUUGACAUUCCUCAGAGGAUAUUCUCCAUAAAUAGUGCAGGUGUGGUAAUCCAUGUUACAUUAAACAAAAUACACGUUUCAAAGCGCUACAGAACACAAAAAUACCUUUUAUUCAGUAUUUGUCUGUGUUUUACAUGAUCAAUUGAAAGCUCUACUUUCCUGAAACAAAUUGGGACCAUUUCAAAUAAUACAAAUUUACAAAUAAACUGAAUUAAAUAUGAGGUGAGAGUAGGAAUUGUGAUACAAUUAAAACUGUCAUUAAAUUACAAUGUGUACUUGAAAGUACACUUUUUCAUAUACAAUGUAGAUUUGGGGGAUGGGCAAUUAGUA